AUGAGUGCUGCGCCCGACAGCCACUUGAUCAUCCGAGCCCUCUUCGGUGAUCCAGAACGUGCAGCGGAUCAAAAUGCUGUGCCAGCAGCGGAUGAGCCUCUUGCGGCACAGGUGGUUUCGAUAUGCGUAUCACUCCUGACGAUGCCAGUCCUCGGCGCGUGUUUGACACGACGAAUCGAACGGGUAAAGAAGUGGUCGAGACUACCAGUUUCCGCUUGGCUCUUACUGUUGAUAUACAUCGACUCGUUCCUCUUUAUCUUUGUAACGGCAGUGCUGAAAGAUAUUGGUCUGAAUGAGUCGCCGGGGCUCUGCGAUGGGGCUAUACUGUUGUGUCUUAUGUGCUACAUGAGCACCAAGAUUUUGAUCUAUACAUUCUUGGUUGAGAAAGCGUGGGUCGUGCGAGGAUGUCUGCAACGACGACUCGAAUCGAAGCUGUAUCUCUUCAACUGCUUUGGUAUGCUACUGCCAUACGGCGUUGCAGUAGUACUGAACUUUGUCUGGCGCGUAUCUUUCCUUGAUACGAAUGGACUAUGCCAUAUCGGCAUGGAGAAGCGUGCCGUGAUGCCAUUGAUCAUCUUCGAGGCUGUCGUCAAUCUCUACUUGAACAUACUGUUCAUCAUACCGCUGCGAAAGCUGUACUCAUACCGUCACGGAAACGGCAAGAUGCGGACCCUAGCACUGAGAACCUUUGUCGGGAGCUGUGCCACCCUCAUGUCCAGCGUCGUCAAUCUCACAAUCCUCAUGACGAGCAACGGCGAACCAGGCUGGAUCUGCUUACUACUUUGCAACCUCGACAUCCUCUUCUGCGUCCUCGUCCUCCACUGGGUCACAACCUUCGACAGCGUCGGCAGUACCCACGGCGACUCGACCUGCUCAUGCUCCCACGCCUCCCACACCACCGCCCUCUCCCAACAGCUCCCAACUAUCCAAGUCCCCGAACCUGUAAUGUCCAAGAGGCGGAAAAUGUUCGGCAUUGAUGAUGACCUACACGGCUUCCCUGAUGAGUGCUGGAAAGCUCAUCCGUGGACUUUUGCAAAGUCGAUGGGGAGUCCGGUUUGUGAUGGACAUCAUGCGAAGUGUGAAGGAGGUGAGGUGAUGGAGCUGGGUGAAGAUGCUAUUACGCCGGUGAGGGAUGGUGGUCAGGUUGAGAGGGGGGUUCUGGAGGUGUGUGGGAGUGUUGAUUUGAAUGAGAGUCAGUCUUUGAGACGAGCGUUGCAGGGCUCAAAGCCUUGA